GAGACGCCGUCUCUACAAAAAAAAAAACAAACCUAAAAAAACCACUGGUGGAACAUUAGGUUCACCCCAUCUAAAGACGUUUGCAUCUUCUUGUAGGUAAAGCUUUAGGGACGACGGUGAUGGUGCCUGUUCCCUAUGAGAAGAUGCUGCGAGACCAGUCGGCUGUGGCAGUGCAGGGGCUUCCGGAAGGCGUUGCCUUUCAACACCCUGAGAACUACAACCUUGAAACCCUGAAAUGGAUUUUGGAGAACAAAGCAGGGAUUUCAUUCAUCAUAAAUAGACCCUUCCUCGGACCAGAGAGUCAGCUGGGUGGCCCUGGGAUGGUAACAGAUGCUGAGAGAUCCAUCGUAUCACCAAAUGAAAGCUGCGGCCCCAUCAGUGUGAAAACUGAACCCAUGGAAGAUUCUGGCAUUUCAUUGAAAGCAGAAGCUGUCGCAGUCAAGAAAGAAUCAGAAGAUCCUAAUUACUAUCACUAUAAUAUGCAAG